AGGCUGCUCGAUGCCGUGAUGCAGCCCGAAGUCCGGCUGCACAGAGCAGUGUGUCCUGCCGACGUCCAGCAACUGAUGGUGAUUAAAGAAGAGGUUCCCCCUGAGCAGCAGCAGUGGAGUCCCCUUGUGGACCAGGCGGAUCCAGAGCCCCCCCGAAUUAAAGAGGAACAGGAGGAACCGUGUACCACUCAGGAUUGACAGCAGCUUCAAGGACUUGAGGAGGCAGAUAUCAAGUUCACAUUGACUCCUGUCGAUGUGAAGAGUGAAGAAGAUGAAGAGAAACUUAAUUUGUCAAAGCUUCACCCGAGUGAGACGAAGGAGAACAGAGCAGAGUGUGGAGGACCAGAACCAGCCAGGAACUCAGGUUCUGAUGGACGUUUACAAUCAAUUCCUGAGGACAAGACUGAAGACUCUUCUGAGACUGAAGACAGUGAGGAUGAUUGGAUGGAGACCAGGGAACCUCAGACGGGUUUAAAUACAAGAAAUAACAAACAGCCUCUAAGUGAUAUGGGAUGUAAGACAGAAAAAAAAUCGUUUAGUUGCUCUGAUUGUGGUAAAAGAUUUAACCAAAAGGGCCAUCUAAAUAGACAUAUGAGGAUUCAUACAGGAGAGACGGCAUUUAGUUGCUCUGAGUGUGGUAAAAGAUUUAACGAAAGGGGCAGUCUAAAUAAACAUAUGAGGAUUCAUACAAAAGAGAAACCGUUUAGUUGAUCUGAUUGCUCUGAGUGUGGUAAAAGAUUUUCCCACAAGGGCCAUCUAAAUACACAUAUGAGGAUUCAUACAGGAGAGAAGCCAUUUAGUUGCUCUGAGUGUGGUAAAAGAUAUAUCCAAAAGGGCGAUCUAAAUAAACAUAUGAGGAUUCAUACAGGAGAGAAAUCUUUUAGUUGCUCUGAGUGUGGUAAAAGAUUUAACCAAAACAGCAGUCUGAAUAGACAUAUGAGGAUUCAUACAGGAGAGAAAUCGUUUAGUUGCUCUGAGUGUGGUAAAAGAUUUAACCAAAACAGCAAUCUAAAUAAACAUAUGAGGAUUCAUACAAAAGAGAAACCGUGUAGUUGAUCUGAGUUUGGUCAAAGAUUUAAGAUUAAAUCUUAUUGUACAAGACGUGAAGAUUCAUAA